AUGGCAGGAAGCUUCCCCCUCGCCUCGUCCACACCCCGCGCUCGUCGCCUGCAGCAGGAGUGGCUGGAAUGGGAGGACCGGCGGGCUGCUGCCCAGCAGGCCCGGAGCCGCAGGGGCCCCCCGAGUGCCCGCGCCCAGGUCAGUAGGCCCCGCCGUGCCUGCCAAGACCCAGCCGUCCACAGCGCCCUGCUGGCCGGCGACCUCCCACAGGUCCGCGCUCUGAUCCAGGACGAAGAAGCCGCCAACAUGAUCGUGGAGACAGUGAGCAACCAGCUGGCCUGGUCGGCUGAACAGGGAUUCUGGGUGCUGACUCCCAGGACCAAGCAGACGGCGCCCCUCGCCCUGGCUGCGUCCCAAGGCCACACCGACUGCGUCCGCCACCUGAUCCAGCAGGGAGCUGAGCUGGACGCCCGCGUGGGGGGCCGAGCCGCCUUGCACGAGGCCUGCGCCGGAGCCUGGUCCGACUGCGUGCGGCUGCUGCUGACCUUCGGCGCCAGGGCCAAUGUGCUGUCCAAGGAGGGCCUGACCCCCCUGCAUCUCUGCACUACCCCUGAGUCCUUGCUGUGUGCCAAGCUGCUGCUGGAGGCGGGUGCUGAGGUGAACCUGGCGGCGCGGGACAGCGAGGCCACGGCCCUGCACGUGGCGGCGGCGCGAGGCCUGGAGGCGCACGUGGCGCUGUACCUGGAGCGCGGCGCGGACGUGGCCCGCCGCACCAUGCAGGGCGAGACGGCGCUGAACGCGGCGUGCGCGGCUGCCGAGGGCCCCGACGGACCGCACCAGGCGGUGGCCCGACGGCUGCUGGAGGCCGGGGCCGACCCCCGGGUGGCCGGGCGCAAGCGCCACACACCGCUGCACAACGCCUGCGCCAACGGUUGCGGGUACCUGGCCGAGCUGCUGCUGCGCCACGGCGCCUGUGCCACGGUGCGCAACGCAGCGGGCCACACACCCAUGGACUGCGCACUGCAGGCCGUCGAGGACGUCCCGAGCCCGGAGCCCGAGGUCCUCUUCGCGGCGCUGCUGGACUAUGGGGCCCCACCGGUGCACCCCGAGAAGCUGCAGCUCUGUGCCAACUGUCCCCGGGCGCUGGAAGUGCUCCUGAAUGCCUACCCACAGGUGCCUCCAGACAGCGGUUGGGCAGGGGCCGUGCCCCCUGAGUUGUGGAAGGAGCACGAAGCCUUCUACAGCUCUGUCCUGAGCAUGGAGAACCAGCCGCGGCGGCUGCAGCACCUCGCCCGACUGACCGUGCGUGCCCAGCUGGGGGCGCGAUGCCGCCUGGCUGCUGCCCGCCUCCCACUGCCCCCAGGGCUCAGGGCCUACGUGCUGUUGCGAGUGGAGGGGAGCAUUCAGUGAGCCCCACUGGCUGUGCCCUGCGCUCAUCCUGCCCUGUCCUCUGUCCCUCAUCUGCCUGCUGUGUUACCUGUGCCUUCUGUUGGGGUGACAGACCAUGACCCCUGCCCUCCGUCGCCUUAGAGAUGAAAAGGACACUUCACUGACCAGAUGACCUCCAUGUCCUUCAAAGGCGCUGGCACCAUCCUGGGAUGCACGGUUCCAGCAACGCCCUAUCUGGGCCAUCACCAUGCGGGGACCCCAGCAGGAAUU